AUGACCGUCCCGCCGUCGGAGGUGCACGGAGAAGUUGGCGUCUUGGCAAAGCAGUACCUUGAGCGAGGCCUUCUGGUGCCGGACCACGUCAUCACACGCGUGAUGAUGACGGAGCUGGAGAAGCGGCGAGAGCAGCACUGGCCGCUCGGGGAUGGUUUCCCUCGGACACUGGGGCAAGCCGAGGCGCUGGAUGGGAUCUGCGAGCUGGACCUGGUGAUCAGCUUGAACAUACCCUUCGAGACGCUGAAGGACCGCCUGAGCGCCCGCUGGGUCCACCCGGGCAGCGGGAGGGUGUACAACAUGGACUUCAACCCCCCCCACGUCCAUGUAAGAGCCCGUAGCGUCGCGGUGCGCCAGGACGACAGACCCGAGGCCGUGGCUGCCAGGCUCAGAAAAUACAAGGAUGCUGCAAAGCCCGUCAUAGAGUUGUACAAGAGCAGGGGCAUCCUUCACUCCUUCUCGGGGACAGAGACCAACAAGAUCUGGCCGUACGUGUACACCCUGCUUUCCAGCAAGAUCCCACCCGUUCUCUCGGACGAGGAGAACUAA